AUGGGUGUUGGCCAGAGGAAGCCGGCCCUGCUCUGGGCCCUGGUCCUGGCCCUGGCCUGUGCCCAGCACACAGGCCAGGCCCAGCAGGACAUUCUGAAAACUGACUCUGGGCACCAUUCUGACCUCUCUCUCCAAGGGCAUGGCGGUGCCCCAGUCCAUGGGGUGACCAUCAUCCCACCUCUGAGGACCAUCCCUGUGGUACGAGCCCUAAACCCAGCACAUACUGGACGGGUGUGCAGCACGUGGGGCGACUUCCACUAUAAGACCUUCGACGGCCAGGUCUUCCGCUUCCCCGGCCUCUGCAACUAUGUGUUCUCUGCGCACUGCGGUGCCGCCUAUGAAGACUUCAACAUCCAGCUGCGUCGUGGCCAGGAGUCCAGUGCCGCCAUUCUGAGCAGGGUCAUCAUGAAGCUUGACGGCCUGGUGGUCAAGCUGACCAAGAGCUCUGUUCUAGUCAAUGAUCACCCGGUCCAGCUGCCCUUCAGCCAGUCUGGAGUCCUCAUUGAACUCAACAGUGGCUACCUAAAGGUCGUGGCCAGGCUGGGCCUGGUUUUCGUGUGGAACAAUGACGGUAGUCUCCUGCUGGAGUUGGACACCAAAUACACCAACAAGACCUGUGGGCUCUGCGGAGACUUCAAUGGCAGCCCAGACUCCAAUGAGUUUCUCUCCCAUGAUGUCAGGCUGACACCCCUGGAGUUUGGGAACCUGCAGAAGAUGGACGGCCCCACAGAGCAGUGCCAAGACCCCCUCCCCAUGCCCCAGAAGAACUGCUCCACCAGCUUUGGCAUCUGCGAGGAGAUGCUGAGAAGCCAGCUGUUCUCCGAAUGCGGGGACCUGGUAGACGUCAGCAGCUACGUGGAGGCCUGCCGGCAGGACCUCUGCCUUUGUGAGAGAACCGACCUGUCCAGCUGCAUCUGCGACACCCUGGCCGAAUACUCUCGGCAGUGUGCCCAUGCCGGUGGACUGCCCCAGGACUGGCGGAGUCCUGACCUCUGCCCCCAGAUGUGCCCCUUCAACAUGCAACACCAGGAGUGUGGCUCACCCUGCGUGGACACCUGCUCCAACCCCCAGCGCUCCCAAGUCUGUGAAGACCACUGUGUUGCCGGCUGCUUCUGUCCCAAAGGUAUGGUACUUGAUGACAUCAACCAGACUGGCUGUGUCCCUGUAUCUCAAUGUGCCUGCCUGUACAAUGGGACAUCUUACACACCGGGUAGCAAUUUCUCUACUGACUGCACCAACACCUGCUCUGGAGGCAGGUGGAGCUGCCAGGAAGUCCCAUGCCCAGGCACCUGCUCGGUGCUGGGAGGCUCCCACUUCUCCACAUUUGAUGAGAGGGAGUACACAGUACAUGGGGACUGUAGCUAUGUGUUGACCAAGCCCUGUGACAGCAAGGCUUUCACCGUGUUGGCUGAGCUGCGUAAGUGUGGACUGACGGACAGCGAGACUUGCCUAAAGAGUGUGACGCUGAGCCUGGAUGGGGGGCAGAUGGUGGUUGUGGUGAAAGCCAGUGGAGAAGUCUUUGUGAACCAGAUCUAUACCCAGCUGCCGGUGUCUACAGCCAAUGUUACUCUCUUUCGGCCGUCAACCUUCUUCAUCAUCACCCAGACCCACCUGGGCCUGCAGCUGGAGGUCCAGCUGGUACCCACCAUGCAGGUGUUUGUGCGCCUGGCACCGGAACUCCGGGGGCUGACCUGUGGUCUCUGUGGGAACUUCAACAGCAUCCAGGCCGAUGAUUUCCAGACCAUCAGUGGGGUUGUGGAGGGCACUGCUGCCGCCUUCUUCAACACCUUCAAGACCCAGGCUGCUUGUUCCAAUGUCAAGAAUAUCUUUGAGGACCCCUGCUCUCUCAGCGUGGAGAACGAGAAGUUCGCUCAGCACUGGUGCUCUCAACUGAUUGAUGCCAGUGGCCCAUUUUCCAGGUGCCACACCACUGUGAGCCCCGGGACCUACUUUUCGAACUGCAUGUUCGACACGUGCAACUGCGAGAAGAGCGAAGACUGCAUGUGUGCGGCCCUGUCCUCCUACGUGCGUGCCUGUGCCACCAAGGGCGUGCUGCUCAGCGGCUGGAGGGACGGCGUCUGCACAAAGCCCACAACCACCUGCCCCAAGUCGAUGACCUACCACUACCACAUCAGUACCUGCCAACCCAGCUGCCGUGCUCUGAAUGGGGAAGAUGCCACCUGUCACGUCAACUUCAUUCCUGUGGAUGGCUGCAUCUGCCCCACAGGCACCUUCUUGGAUGAUUCUGGCAAGUGUGUGCAAGCCACGAGUUGUCCCUGCUACCACAAGGGCUCCACAGUUCCCAAUGGCGAGUCUGUGCAUGACAACGGGGCUCUCUGCACCUGUACCCAGGGGUCGUUGGCCUGCAUUGGAAGCCCUGCCCCUACUCCAGUGUGUGACGCUCCCAUGGUCUACUUCGACUGUCAUAAUACCACACCUGGGGACAUCGGAGCUGGCUGUCAAAAGAGCUGUGACACCCUGGAUAUGACCUGUUACAGCUCCGAGUGUGUGCCUGGCUGUGUGUGCCCUGAUGGGCUGGUGACAGAUGGCAAUGGGCGCUGUGUUGCUGUUGAGGACUGUCCCUGUGUGCACAACGAGGGCGCCUACAGACGUGGGGAGGUCAUCCGAGUGGGCUGCAAUAACUGCACCUGUGAGAACAGAACGUGGAAGUGUACACAUGAGCCUUGCCUGGCCACCUGUGCAGUGUACGGGGAUGGCCACUACCUCACCUUCGAUGGGCAGCGCUACAGCUUCAAUGGAAACUGCGAGUACACGCUGUUGCAGGACCACUGUGGUGGUAACGGCAGCUCCCAGGAUGCCUUCCGUGUUGUCAUCGAGAACGUCCCGUGUGGUACCACAGGCACCACUUGCUCCAAGGACAUCAAGAUCUUCCUGAGGAACUAUGAGUUGAAGCUGAGCGAUGGGAAGGUGGAGGUGGUCCAGAAGGGCGCGGGGCAGAAGUCCCCGUACUCCGUUCUCCAGAUGGGCAUCUACCUGGUGGUAGAAACAGAUGUGGGCCUGAUGCUGCUGUGGGACAGGAAGACCAGCAUCUUCCUCAGACUCAGUCCUGAGUUCAAGGGUAAAGUCUGUGGCCUGUGUGGGAACUUUGAUGACAACACCAUCAACGACUUCACCACGCGGAGCCAGUCUGUGGUGGGUGAUGUGCUGGAGUUCGGGAACAGCUGGAAGUUCUCUCCAUCCUGCCCGGAUGCUCUGGCACCCAAGGACCCCUGCACCGCUAACCCUUACCGCAAGUCCUGGGCCCAGAAGCAAUGCAGCAUCAUCAACAGUGCCACCUUUGCGGCCUGCCAUGCCCACGUGGAACCUGCCAAGUACUAUGAGGCCUGUGUGCAUGAUGCAUGUGCCUGUGACUCGGGGGGUGACUGUGAGUGUUUCUGCACGGCUGUUGCUGCCUACGCCCAGGCCUGCCAUGAAACGGGAGUGUGUGUGUCCUGGAGGACGCCAGACAUCUGCCCAUUGUUCUGUGAUUACUACAACCCCGAGGGCCAGUGUGAGUGGCACUACCAGCCGUGUGGGGCCCCCUGCAUGCGCACCUGCCAGAACCGUGACGGACAGUGCCUACAAGACCUUCGUGGCCUUGAAGGCUGUUACCCCAAGUGCCCACCAACGGCUCCCAUAUUUGAUGAGGACACGAUGCAGUGUGUAGCCAGUUGUCUGAAUCCCCUACCACGACCCUGCCGCAUCAAUGGAAAGUUGUAUGGACUGGGGAAAACCGUGCCUUCCGAGAAGAACUGUUACUCUUGCGUUUGUAUGGAGAAUGGUGUGCGCUGUACCUAUGAUGCCAGCGCCUGUGUCUGCACAUACAAUGGACAGCACUUCCAUCCUGGGGACCUCAUCUACCACACCACAGACGGCAUCGGUGGCUGCAUGUCCGCACACUGCGGGGCCAAUGGUACCGUCACGAGGGAUACUAGCAUAUGCAGCCCGACCACCCCCUCGCCCCUGACCACCUUCUCCUUCUCCACUAUUGUCCCACCACCUCUGUCUACAGUCAUGACUGCAAUGCCACCUUCCAGUACCCCCGCCAGCCCCAUGCUGAGCACAACGCACACGGGGCCCCCAAGCCGGGCUGCCUCAACGGUCAGCAGCACGUCCCCCACAAAGAUGCCUGCCACAGCCUCCGUCUUAACCGCGCCAGGCUGCGGGGAGGAGUGCUCCUGGUCACCCUGGAUGGAUGUCGGCCGUCCAAGAUGGGGCACUGACAGCGGUGACUUUGACGCUCUGGAGAAUCUCCGUGCCCGUGGCUACCACAUCUGCCCAGCGCCGAGUGCAGCGGAAUGCCGUGCUGAGGACACCCCUGUGGCGCCUCUUCACGUGCUGGGGCAGCGGGUGGAGUGCAGCCCAGCUGUGGGGCUGACCUGUCAUGACAGGGACCAGGAGUCAGGGCUCUGUGAGAACUACCAGAUCAGAAUUCAGUGCUGUACUCCCAUUAACUGUACCACCUCCAGGGGUCCUGCCCAGACCACCCAUCUAACGACCUCCAGGACAACAAGAAAGGCCAUAGACUCACAGGGGCCAUCCACAACCGCCUCAGCUCCGGUUACCACAACUGGCCCUGCGGUUAGCACACCAGGCCCAGUUUCCUUCACCCAUGUCCUAGGUUCUACCUCAUCACAGGCUCUGGGUCCCUCUACCCCUGCCCCUAACACUGUUCAAACAGCUCUGUCCACCACUAGUCCAAAGCCAGUGUCAACAACCUCAGUCACAUCCCCUGUGUCCAUCUCAACCCCAGGGUCCACUGUGACUGCUUUUGAGACGGCCCAGGGCUGCAAAAAGGAGGUUUGUAGCUGGACUGACUGGAUGGACGGCAGCUACCCCGGGCCUGACAGAAACAGUGGGGAUUUUGACACGUUUGUAAAUCUGAGAUCUAAAGGAUACAAGUUCUGUGAGAAACCCAAAAACGUGCAGUGCAGGGCCCAGUUCUUUCCAAACAUACCACUGGACGAGCUGGGGCAGGAUGUGACCUGCAGUCCAGAGGUGGGGCUGAUCUGUCUGAACAAGAACCAGCUGCCACCCGUAUGUUACAACUAUCAGAUAAGCAUAGAAUGCUGCGAGGACGUGGACCUGUGCUCUACCAUGAUGGGCACCACACGCCCAAUGAAAGCACAGACACACAGUGCCACCGGUGCACACUCGGCUUCUGCCAGACACACCACCACCCACUCGGUAGCCACACAUUCACAAACCUCAGUCACGGUCACCAAAAACACAGGCACCCAACCUGUGAAGACCAACUGCCAGCCGGAGUGCUCCUGGACCCCGUGGUUUGACACAGACUUCCCGGUCCCUGGCCCAUACGGUGGGGACAUGGAGACCUACAGCAAUAUCCUGAGGAGGGGAGAGAGGAUCUGCCACCGUCCCGAGGAGAUCACGCAGGUGGAGUGCAGGGCCGAGAACCACCCUGACGUGAGGCUGGAGGACCUGGGCCAGGUGGUGCAGUGUGACGCCAGCCUGGGCCUGGUGUGCAGGAACCAAGACCAGCGGGGCACGCCCCAGAUGUGCCUCAACUAUCAGGUGCGUGUGUUGUGCUGCCGCACCCCUGACGGCUGCCCACGGGUGACAUCCGCCACCUUUUCCAGCACACCAAGUGAGACUGUCACCAGCUCUGCCACCAGCACGGCUUCUGGGCACAGAGUCAGCACCCAGUCCACACCUCAAACCAAGACAACCUCUGUGCACACAGCCAGCACCACCUCGACCCUCCACACAGGUACAUCCUCUGUAACACCCAGUACAGUAUCCACAAAGGAAACUGGUACAACCUCUGUGCAGACACAUAGUACAAGAUCCAUACGGAAAACUAACACCAGCUCUGUGCAGACAGCCAGCAGCACCUCCAAACCAGCCUCUACAGAAAAACCCAGCACCAGCUCUGUGCAGACAACCAGCACCACCUCCAAACCAGCCCCUACAGAAAAACCCAGCACCACCUCUGUGCAGACAGCCAGCAGCACCUCCAAACCCCAAACCAGCACAGCCUCGACAGGUAAAACCAGGACCACCUCUGUGCAGACAACCAGCACCACCUCCAAACCAGCCUCUACAGAAAAACCCAGCACCACCUCUGUGCAGACAGCCAGCACCACCUCCAAACCAGCCUCUACAGAAAAACCCAGCACCAGCUCUGUGCAGACAACCAGCACCACCUCCAAACCAGCCCCUACAGAAAAACCCAGCACCAGCUCUGUGCAGACAGCCAGCACCACCUCCAAACCAGCCUCUACAGAAAAACCCAGCACCAGCUCUGUGCAGACACCCAGCACCACCUCCAAACCCCAAACCAGCACAGCCUCUACAGGAAAACCCAGCACCACCUCUGGGCUGACACCUAGCACCACUUUGGCCCCUCAGACCAGCACAGCCACUACAGGAAAACCCAGGACUACCUCUGUGCAGACAGCCAGCAGCACCUCCAAAACCCAAACCAGCACAGCCUCUGCAGGUAAAACCAACACCACCUCUAGGCUGACACGCAGUACCACCUCUACUCCCCAAACCAGUCCAGCCUCUACAGGAAAAACUAGCCCUACCUCUAGGCUGAUGCCCACUACUACCUCUACUCCCCAAACCAGAAUCACCUCUGCAGUACACAGUACAAUAUCCUCAAGUGAAACCUUCUCUGUGCAGACAGCCAGCACCACCUCCAAACCCCAAACCAGCACAGCCUCUGCAGGUAAAACCAGCACCACCUCUAGGCUGACACACAGUACUACCUCUACCCCACAAACCAGCACCUCCGCUGCAGUACACAGUACAAGAUCCUCAAGGGAAAGCAGCUCUGUGCAGACAGCCAGCACAUCCAUCCCCCGAACCGUCUCUGUCCCUGGAUCCAGCAGCACUUUGGUUUCUACCAGGAUCACAGACCAUGGGUCUACUCCAGGUCCAACUUCUUCACCAACCAGCACUCACUGCCAGCCAGAGUGCUCCUGGACUCCGUGGUUUGACACAGACUUCCCGGUCCCUGGCCCAUAUGGUGGGGACAUGGAGACCUACAACAAUAUCCUGAGGAAGGGAGAGAGGAUCUGUCACCGUCCUGAGGAGAUCACGCAGGUGGAGUGCAGAGCCGAGAACCACCCUGACGUGAGGCUGGAGGACCUGGGCCAGGUGGUGCAGUGUGACGCCAGCCUGGGCCUGGUGUGCAGGAACCAAGACCAGCGGGGCACGCCCCAGAUGUGCCUCAACUAUCAGGUGCGUGUGCUGUGCUGCCGCACCCCUGAUGUCUGUCCUGAGACGUAUGGAACGCCCCCGGUGACCUCUUCGCAUGUGACCUCAUCACCUACAGCCAACACCACCUCCAAACCCCAAACCAGCACAACCUCUGCAGGUAAAACCAGGACCGCCUCUGGGCUGACACACAGUCCAACUUCCUCACCAACCAGCACUCACUGCCAGCCAGAGUGCUCCUGGACCCCGUGGUUUGACACAGACUUCCCAGUCCCUGGCCCAUAUGGUGGGGACAUGGAGACCUACAACAAUAUCCUGAGGAAGGGAGAGAGGAUCUGUCACCGUCCCGAGGAGAUCACGCAGGUGGAGUGCAGAGCCGAGAACCACCCUGACGUGAGGCUGGAGGACCUGGGCCAGGUGGUGCAGUGUGAUGCCAGCCUGGGCCUGGUGUGCCUGAACCAAGACCAGCGGGGCACGCCCCAGACGUGCCUCAAUUAUGAGGUGCGUGUGCUGUGCUGCCGCACCCCUGAUGUCUGUCCUGAGACGUAUGGAACGCCCCCGGUGACCUCUUCGCAUGUGACCUCAUCACCUGUUCUGUCUCCCCCGACCUCAUCCCCAACCUGGUCAUCUAGCUCUGUGACUCACUCCAGCCUCCCCUGCUUGUGCCAUGUAGGAGGCCACCUCUACCCUGUAGGUUCUCUCAUCUACAACCAGACAGACCUUGAAGGCCACUGUUACUACGCCUUUUGCAAUCAGGACUGCCAGUUGAUCAGAAAUGUUAGCCAGAACUGUCCCUCCACCAUGAAGUCUCCUACCCCACCUCCAUCCAUGUCUACACCCACCACCACCAAGUCAUCAUCUGGGUGUCUUGACGUGCUUCCACCAAGAAAGACAGGGGAGACCUGGCCAAUGCCCAACUGCACCCAGGCCACCUGCAAGGAGAACAGCAUCGUCUCCCUGAGCCCUCGCCAGUGCCCAGAGUUGAAGGCACCAACUUGUGCCAACGGCUACCCACCCUUGAAGGUGGCUGACCGGGAAGGCUGCUGCCAGCAUUACCAGUGCCAGUGUGUGUGCAGUGGCUGGGGUGACCCCCACUACAUCACAUUCGACGGCACCUACUACACUUUCCUGGACAACUGCACAUAUGUGCUGGUGCAGCAGAUUGUGCCUGUGUUCGGCCACUUCCGUGUGCUCAUCGACGAUUACUUCUGUGACCUGGGAGGCAGCGUGUCCUGCCCACAGUCCAUCAUCAUUGAGUACCACCAGGACCGCGUGGUGCUGACCCGUAGGCCUGUCAACGGGGUCAUGACCAACCAGAUUAUCUUCAAUGACAAGGUGGUCAGCCCUGGCUUCCAGCAGAAUGGCAUUGCUGUCUCCCGCAUCGGCAUCAAGAUGUAUGUGACCAUCCAGGAGAUCCGCGUCCAGGUCAUGUUCUCUGGCCUCAUCUUCUCUGUGGAGGUGCCCUUCAGCUUGUUCGCCAACAACACCGAAGGCCAAUGUGGCACUUGUACCAAUAACCAGAAGGAUGAGUGCCGCCUGCCUGGAGGAGCAGUAGCCUCCUCUUGUUCUGAGAUGUCUCUCCACUGGAAGGUGCCCAACCAGCCUUCCUGCCAAGGGCCUCCGCCCCCUUCAGUGGUAACCACAGCUCCACCUAUCCUAUGCCCACCGGCGCCGAUCUGCCAGCUGAUCCUGAGCGAGGUCUUCAAGCAAUGCCACAAAGUCAUCCCCCCGCAGCAGUUCUAUGAAGGCUGCUUGUUCGACCACUGCCACCUGACAGACCUGGAGGUGGUGUGCUCGGGCUUGGAGCUCUACGCGUCACUCUGCGCUGCUGAAGGAGUGUGUAUCCCCUGGAGGAGCCAGGCCAAUGACACCUGCCCAUUCAUAUGCCCUCCUGACAAGGUGUACCAGCCCUGCGGCCCAUCCAACCCAAACUACUGCCACAAGGACUUCAGCACCAGCCAGUAUGUGGUCCUUCAGGAAGCUGGCCCCAUCACAGAGGGCUGCUUCUGUCCAGACAACAUGACACUUUUCAGUGCCAAUGACUCAGUCUGCAUAACCUCCUGUGAAGGGUGUUGGGGACCCAAUGGGGAGCCUGUGGAGCCGGGCCACACUAUCAGCGUUGACUGCCAGGAGUGUACAUGCCAUGACACCAAGCUGACCUGCUGGAAGAAGCCUUGUGAGACCCCUCGCUGUCUAGAGCCCGGCUUCGUGCCUGUGCCCCUGGAGAUGGGCCAGUGCUGUCCUGGCCUUAGCUGCGCCUGCAACUCCAGCUUCUGCCCUCCUCCCCUGAACUGCCCCAAGAAUUUCAUCUUGGUGGUGACACAUAAGGACGGGGCUUGCUGCCCGAGUCAAGAAUGCCGUAAGUGCCCCAACGGCUGCAAUGUCAGUGGGAUUCUCUAUCAGCCUGGUGCUGUGGUCCCCUCCAGCCUGUGUGAAAUGUGCUGGUGCAAGGCACCCAGAAGUUCCCAGUCAGAUGUCUUCACAGUCAGCUGUGAGCCCCAGCAAUGCAGCACCCAGUGCCCCCCGGGUUUUGAGUAUGAAGCCCGGGCAGGACAGUGCUGUGGCCACUGUGUGCAGAGGACCUGUCCCUAUAACAAUGGCAGCCUCACCCACUUCUACCAGCCUGAUGAGUCCUGGCCAGACCCCAGGGAUCCCUGUGUGACUCACAAGUGUGAGAAUAUGCGAAACACACUCAUGAUUGUGACCACCAAGAAGGAAUGCCCGAAGGCCGACUGUCCGAGGGACCGGAUCCGGCUGGACGAGGACGGCUGCUGCUAUGAAUGUUUGGAACCCCAGCUGUCCUGCUCUGUGCACCACAGGAAGCAGAUUAUCCGGCAGCAAGACUGCAGCUCCGAGGGUCCAGUGGGCCUCUCCUAUUGCCAAGGCACCUGCGCGGAGAGCACUUCCAUGUACUCCUUCGAGGCCAACACGGUGGAACACAAGUGUGAGUGCUGCCGGGAGCUGCAGACCUCACAGAGGAACGUGACCCUGCGCUGCAUGGACGGCUCUAGCCGCACCUUCAGUUAUACCCAGGUGGAGGAGUGUGGCUGCCUGAGCCAGCAGUGUCAUGCACUGGGUGACGCCAGCCACUCAGAGCCCUUGGAGUCAGAGUUCACAUCAAAGGAAAGCCAGCAGCCAGCGCUCAGGGCCACCGAGGAGGUCAGGCCCUCUCAGUAAGCUGAGCAGCAUUCUAGACACACCACCAAGAACGUCUUUUGUGUCCUCAGAUCCAGGAUUCUGAGGCCAGUGAGACGUGCACCCUUAUCUGGGUGACUUGAGCCCCAAACCCUCUGCCCACUUCCUUUCCAAGGAGGACACUGACCCCUUCUGCCCUUGGCGGUGGGAAUGGCCUCUAUUUACCUGCCAAGAGCAUGGGGCCAUGACUGCUUUGAAAGAACUUCAGUAUCACCAGAGUCUACUGAAUGUCAGCCGUCUGGACUGUGGCUAACAGCUGCUUGACCUCAGUCCUAGACCUGUGUCCCCCUCCUCAGGAAAUGACCAAUCUGUUUCAUAAAUACACUUAGAGCAGGAUUUUGCA